AUGAAAAAUAUUGCGGACUUCGAUAAUACUUAUCAAGCGUCGAAUGCGAUCCGUUGGUACACGAGUGAUUCAUUCGUCUACAAGUUUAUUAACAAGGCAUUACGUACUGAAGAUAUGGAAGUAUUACAUACAUUCCGCUUUUUCAUUGUCGAUCUUUGCACCAGUCUGGCUGAAAAGCAUCAGGAAAUGCUCGACCUUGAAGUUGAUUUGCCAUCAGUUGUCUAUCGCGGAACGCAAAUGAUCAAGGAAGAGAUAGAGUCGCUGAAAAACAACGAAGGCUGUCUCAUUGCUACUAAUGGGUUUCUCUCAACGAGCCGCAUUCGUGAAGUAGCCAAAGUCUAUGCUGGCUCAGGUGCAAUGUCGUCGAAACGGCGCGGUGAACUACAUGCAGUUGUGUUCGAACUUGAACUACCGACAAACCUGAAAUCAUUCGUGUUUGCAGAUAUUUCGUAUAUGAGCAAGAUGAUCGAUGAACAAGAAAUCCUAUUCGACAUUGGUACCACGUUCAUUGUGACUAGUGUCGCCUUCGACGAUGUAGAACAGAAUUGGGUGAUUCGACUGACUGGUACCGACAAAGGACAUGAUAUUGUCACCAAAGAAUAUAUUGAUUUUUAUCGAAAACGUAUGGUCGCACUAACACCAACUAUUAAGCUAGGUGAAUUUCUUAUUAUUGUCGGUCAGUUUGAAAAAGCGCGAGCCUAUUUCAAUGAUUUGCUCAAACUGCAUGACCAAGAUGAUGUUUAUAUUCUGUUCAAUCUUGCUUGGAUUGAUAAGUGUCAAAGAAAAUAUCGAGAGGCUCGAGAAAAACUCGAUCGUGCCUAUGAGAAGGAAAAUACCAACGAUUUGCCGUGCCAACAAAAGCUGCGCGAUAUACUUAACGAUAUUGGAACUAUUCAUGUGGUAAUGGAUGAACACGAGCAAGCUUUAAACUAUUAUCAACAAGCAAUGAAAAUUUCAUCAAGUUCAGCUAUCUUCAACAACAUAGGAUUGGCAUAUAAGAUCCAGGGCCGAUACGUCGAGGCGCUGGAAUAUUUCAACAAAGCGCGUGAGGUCAGUGAUCGCGAAUGGCCCAGUGGGCAUCAUGAGAUAGGUAUCACAUUGGACAACAUUAGACAAACGUACAAUUAUCAAGGUGAAUAUAGCAAAGCACUUGAUUAUCAUUUGCAAGCGCUCCAUGUCAAACAGAAAACACUGCCCGAUGAUCACAUGGAUAUUGGGAUUAGUUUCAACAAUGUCGGUUUUACAUACAACAAUUUGGGAGAAUAUGAUGAAGCAUUAACAUAUUAUCAGCGUGCUCUUCAAGUAUAUCAACAAUAUUUACCUGAGAUUCAUCUUGAAAUUGCCGUCUUACUCGAUAAUAUGGCUACUGUGUAUUAUUGCCAAAAACAAUAUACCAAAGGUCUUGAGUAUCUUUAUAAAGCGCUCCAUAUUGAAGAGCGUGUCGAGCCAGUCAGUCGUCUGACACUGGGUCGAACGUUAAAUAAUUUAGGUGUAACACUUAUUGCUCACAAGC